AUGGUAUUUUUUGAUAUUCGCAUUUCUAAUAAUGCGAGCAUUCCCAAAUUCUGGUCUAAAGUAAAGAGUAUACAUGCUAUUGGGAAAGACAGUAGAGGGAGUAUUAUGAACAUAAAUUUAAUCCAAAUGGAAUGUAUAAAGGCAUAUUCUAUUCGUGGUUAUCAUGCGGAAAAAAAGCCAUAUCUCUAUAUUAUCGCACCCAAUAGAGACGAAAGGUUUACUGCUCUCGAUAUUAUCUCAAGCUACAAUUCAAAGGUUGAUCUCGAAUGUAAAAUAGAGACAGCUUCAUAUGAUACAGGCACAUAUUAUUGUAAAAUUGCAAAAGAGCAUCGGAUAUCAUUUUCUGGAUAG